CUGAUGGCUGUUCCUUGCACCCGUCGCCUUCUCUUAAUUGGACUUUUGCUGGUGCUUGCCGCUGAUAGUGCGUUUGGACGUUUUCUGCCUGCUGCUGUCGAACAACAUAAUCUUCGCUUCAAACGUGGGGCUGAUGACAUCUUUCUGCGUGAUACUAAGGAUUGGAGCAAGUACGGAAUCGCUACGGGUGUCUAUCUAGUUAUCUCCCUUGUGAUCUACGUUGCUACAUUCUGUUGUGCUCUUGAGAAGAAAUGCGCCGCUGCUGCGGGUCCACCUCCUUCGGCAUCAGCAACUUCUCUCGGUCCGGCUAGCAGUGUGGCGAGUUCAGCAAGUACAAGAACGGCUAAAGGCCCGAGCCCGAGUGAGGCUAGUAUGCGGACAGCGCUGCAACAGUCAAUUAGGAUGGACUCGAGAACGCAAAGGGAGACGGAGAGGGCUGCUGCUUCAUCUCGCAAGUCUGGAAAGGUUUCGCCAUCAACUCGCCUUCCAACGGCAUCUGCGAAGGAGCAAACGGCAUCUAGGAAGACGACGUCUGCCAGGACUUCAUCUGCUAGGACCGCAUCUGCUGGAACCACAUCGAAGAAGAGCACGUCAAAGGCUACCAAGUCGAAGAAAGGGACCUCUUCAAAGGGGACGACGGAUACUGGGAAGAGUACUUCGGGAUCAGCCCGUUCGACUUCGGGCGGAAGCGGUAAAGCGGCAGCAAAUCAUCUGGUUCCGGUUCCGUCUACUCCGAAACUUCCAGUGGCGCUUCCAGCGGUUCGAAUGAGGGUACAACUAGCGGUGGAUCUCAUAGUUCUGGUUGAAAAGGAUAGAAGGAAAAGGAAAGAAUGGAUGGAUGAAAUAAAGAUAUAUAAAAGCAAAAUACGUUCAUGGUUGUGUUGUAGAGCCUAUAUUGUUGUUAUUGUCCUCCCGAAAAAGAUUUUGUAUUCCCUCCUUCCAUUAUUGUAUUCAAUCACAUGUAGGUAUGUAUGUAUAUUAUAUGCUAUUAAGUCCGAAAAUAAUCGGGAAUGUACUUUAUUGUUGUUUUGA